AUGAAUGGAAUGAUUAAUUGUCAAUUAUUGAUCAGGCGGAAGAGUUUUUUCUGUUGAGAGGCUCGAAGUGUGUUUCAUUCUUUUAAAUAUUAAUUUUAUAUAAUAAAAGUAAUUCAAUCUUAGAAUUGGGAAACUAAAAAAAAUUACACUAGAAAGACAAAAUUGUAUAAAUGAUUUUAUAAUUAGAAGCUUUACAUAAUNAUUGGGAUGCAGACUAGUUGAUUUCCCAAAUAAGUAUUAAUUUCGUUUUUAUUACAUUUAGACAUCCCAAUUGUAGAGUUCAUGGUUACACUGCCCCUGAAAUCAAGUCCAAAAUAUUCACUUAAAAAUGUGAUAUCUUUAGCUGCGGUGUCAUUUUAUACAAAAUGUAUCUUCUUUUUAUUUAAAAAUAGUUUAACUAGAAAAGAUCUGUUUGAUCAUGAGUCAAUCAAUUAUGAUGAAAAAAUGAUGUUGCAUUUGAUCAAUCAAUCAGACAUCAAUCCAUAAUACUAGAAUUUAUUAAGACAGAUGCUUCAAUUCAAUCCAGAACUGAGGGCAACGGCAGAUCAAUGCUUAACUAUUAUUGAUUCAAUCUUAGAAAGAACUCCUACAUUCUCCAAUUUUCUCGAUAGGUUCAAUUUAGAUAAUGAUGGAAUAAAUGACGAAAUCAUUUCAAUUGAUUUGAUUUAGGAUUAAGAUGAAUUAACUGAAAAUCAGGAUUUUAUACAAAAACUGCCAAUAAUCCAGAUUAAUAAAAGAAUUGAAAUGUUCUAUUGA